UUGGUGUUAGCCGACAGGCGGCUAACCGAACGAGCUAACGGCAGUCAAGCCGCUCGGUCGCUGGUUCCUCCUUCCUCAUCUUGACAGCGGCGGCAGCCACACUCCGGGCCGAAUGAACCCGGCGCCUCGGAAGGAUGGCGGCGACACCGAGGCUCACGCGUGAAUUGUCUUUUGGUUCAUAUCGGCGUCCAUUAGCUUCGUAUUGACAAGACGCUAUCGAGAGUUUUUAGCCGUGUGCGGGGCGGGCGGCACCAGCAGCAGCAGCAGCAGCAGCAGCAGCAGCUCGUCCUCUCCCCGCGCUCUCGCCACGGCUGGAGGAUGCUGAAGCUGUUCGGGUCGCUGGUUCUCGUCGGACUGGCCCUGGCCUGCCUCGCCUCGUGGGUGCUGGACAGCUACGACACGGCUUGGCACCCCAAACGGAGCGUCCGCGGCGGGGACGGAAGCGACCGGGGGGGCAGCUCUCCCCCGUUUCCCGGGGACAGGCUGGAGAACCUAUUCUGGUUUAUACAGGUUUCCGACAUCCACAUCAGCCGCUUCCAUGACCCGAGACGGAUUCCCGACUUUGAGAAGUUCUGUACCAACACCAUCGACGUGAUCAAGCCGUCGCUUGUGCUUGCGACAGGGGACCUGACGGACGCCAAGACGGCGAGCAAGGUGGGCUCGCUCCAGCACGAGGUGGAGUGGCAGGCCUACCACAACGUCCUCAAGAGGUCCGGCGUCAUGGAGCGCACGCGGUGGAUCGACAUCCGCGGGAAUCACGAUGCCUUCAACAUCAUGUCGCUGGACAGCGUCAACAAUUACUACCGGAAAUACUCGGCCAAUCAGAAGGUGGGCUCCUUCCACUACGUGCACGCCACGCCCUUCGGGAACUACUCUUUCGUGUGCGCCGACGCCACGCUGACGCCGGGACCCAAGAGGCCGUACAAUUUCUUCGGGAUUCUCAAUCAGACCCAAAUGGACACGCUGGACGCGUUCAGGGCCGAGAGUCUUCAGAGCAACCAGUCGAUCUGGUUCGGCCACUACACCACCUCCACCAUCGUGUCGCCGUCUCCGGGCGUGCGGGAGCUGAUGAGGUCGGCCGUGGCCUACCUGUGCGGCCACCUGCACACGCUGGGCGGCCUGAUGCCCGUCCUGCACAGUCGGCAUCCCCGCGGCACCCUGGAGCUGGAGCUGGGCGACUGGAUGGACAACCGCAGGUACAGGGUUCUGGCCUUUGACCACGACCUGCUGAGUUUCUCCGACCUGAAGUUUGAAAAGUGGCCGGCGGUGCUCAUCACCAACCCCAAGGAUGCGCAGUACCUGCAUCCGGGCCUGGAACCCUUGGACCGCAUGCGAAGGUCCACACACAUAAGGAUUUUGGCGUUCUCUGAGGCCGCCAUCACAGCGGUGCGCGUCAGCGUGGACGGCGAGUUUUUGGGCGAAUGCCACCCUGCCGGCGGCCCCCUUUACGUUCUGGCCUGGGACCCGUCGCGAUACCUCACCGGGCAACACGUAGUCCGGGUGCAGGUGGAGGACUCGUUGGGGCGCCACACUACCCGGGAGCAGCACUUCACGCUGGACGCAGGCGGCGUGACCCCGAGCUUCGGCUUCGCCCAGUCCUUCAUCCUGCUGACGGAUCUUUACGUGGUGGGCCGGGCGGCCUUCGCGUUAACCAUGCUGCUCAACGUGGGCUUGCUGCUGUCCUUCAGGUUCUUGCGCCACGUCCCGGCCGGCCGAGGGUGGUCCUCGCGAGCUUGCGUGUCGCUCCGGCUGCUCAGCAAGUUGGACUCUUUCUUCUACUCCUUGCUGCUCUUCAACUUGUGCACAGCCUUAGGGCCGUGGUUCAUCGGCGAGCUGAUCGACGGCCACAGCGGCGCCUGCUUCGCGUUCGGGGUGUUCAUCGACGGACACUUCCUGGAGGGCAGCCUCACGUACGUGGUGGGCGUCAUUCAGCUGCUGUUCUUCAACAUGCCGCUCACCUUGUACCUGUGCUGGAGCCUCCACCUGCGUUGCCGCGGCAACAGCUUCCGCUCGCUGCUGCUGCGCCCGGGCUGCCGCUGGCGGUGCCUGGCGGUGCACCUGCUCAUGCUGCUGCUGAUGGCCUGGCAGGCGCACUCUUGCUACUUCCUGCUGGAAACGUACGGCCUUCUGGCCUUCCUGCUGUCGCCGGUACGCACGUGGGCGCUGGGACUGGGCCUGAUGCUGGUCUACCGCGCCUGGACCUGCCCCGUGCCCUCUUGGAGCUCGGUGGUGGGCGGCGGCGGCGGCAACGGCAAGAGCGUCUCGCCGUCCUCCUGACAGUAAUUUGCCACUCUCGCCGCCGCAUUCACCGCUCACCUGCGUAUUAUUUACUGCGUUAUGCAUGUUUUCAAGCGUAAAGCACCCGCGAGCACAUUUCCGGCCAAUAGUGUACACCACCGGUUCUCAAACUAGGGUGCCUGGACCCUCAAGGGUCGACGAGCCGUAGCCGGGGGGUCCCACGAAAUACACUGACCCCUUGAGAUACGAGUUGAAUUUGUUCCCUUACCAUGCUUGAAUUAUGGAAAAUGCCAUUAAAGUUCGCAGUCAUAAAUGUUGUAUUUAACAUAGCUGAGUCAAAUGGAAUGCAACAAAUUAAUUUGUGCAUUUUGAUUUCAUUCAAUUCAUUGUGCCGCUCCUUGCGAUGUGGACACCUGAGCGGCGCUCUAAUAAUCCUAAAGAUUUAGAUGACGAAAUUGUUCAAUUACUUUUAACAUCUCAAUUAACUUCAAUAAUAUCAGAGGUUUUUCGCAGAAGAUAAAGAAUAUACGCUUGUGUUAUGACAUUGUGACUAUCAAUGCUGAGUCUUAGCCCAUUUAUGGCAUUUUCUGUAGUCAACAAAAGGAACAAGUCUUUUUUUUGUUGUUUAGAACAAAAUACAUUUUUUCAUAAUAGUUAUUCUUAUUUUCCAGAGUAAAUAUACCCCAGGCAUAAUAUUAGGAGAAUAAAGUGGUAUUUUUUAAAUUUGCUUGGUAAAAAAAUGACUGUUUUCCUGUGUUACAGAGUUUAAUAUCAUAAUACUAUCUUGGAUAAAUACAGCUUUAUUCUCCUAGGAUUGUGACUUUUCAUCCCAAUAAAAUUAAUUUUUGUUCUGUAAAGAUUACAUCUUUUUUUUGUGGAAAAUGACGACUUUUUUUCUACUUUUUUUUUUUUUUGGGG